AUGGUAAAACAUAUUCCAACACAAACAUCACCUGCUCUAAACCUUUCACCACUGAUCACUACUCUUGUUCCAUGGCAGCCUCCAAACUUGGGUUCUUACAAACUAAAUAUUGAUGUUACCUUAAAUGCUAACAAGAAUAUCAUUGGUGUGGGAGCCAUUGUACGAGAUGCUGCUAGUUGUGUAGUUGCUACUUUUUCAAAAUCUAUUAUUGGGAACUUUGCAUCUCAUGAAAUGGAGGCUAAGGCAUUAUUUCAUAGUUUGAAUUGGCUGCUCCAGAUGCAAUUGUCAAUUGAUCACAUUGAGACGGAUGCUUUAAUGGUUUCGAAAGCUCUUCAUACGCCGACUACUAUUCUCACUGCUUUUGAUGAUUUAAUUUUAGAUAUAUCUAGUCUUUUAUCCUUUUUUCCUAGAGUUGUUGUCACUCAUGUCAAACGUAGUGCCAAUAUGGCUGCUCACGGUUUGGCCAAGUAUGCUCUAGAGUUGGAUGAAGAUUGUGUUUGGCUAGAGACUUGUCCUCUAUGGGUGAGCAUUUAA